AUGCUGCUCUGGAUGCUUGCGCUGCUCUUCGUAUGGCUGCUGCUCCAAGUUCGACCAGAUCCUGUGUUUGAAGGGGAUGUCCUGACUCUGCAAUGCCUGAGCAUGAACAGUAAAAACAUAAAACUGUCCCAGGUGAAAUUCUAUAGAGAUGGAAAUUUCCUCAACUCCUCUGGUGACAACCAGACCUUGUCCAUGGGGAGAGCAGCAGCAAAAAGCAGCGGCCAGUACCACUGCAGUGGGAUGCUGACAUAUAUUCCGGAACUUGUUGUCAGAAAAACCUCAGAGGUCAUCACGGUUCGUGUCCAAGAGCUGUUCCCGCCUCCUGUGCUGAGUGCUGCCAGCUUUCCUGUGUACCGUGAGGGAAACCCAGUGACCUUGAGAUGUGAAACAAAGCUGCACCCCCAAAGAUCAGCCUCCCGGCUCUUCGUCCACUUUCACAAGAAUGGUCAAGCCUUGCAGUCCUGGACCCUCCACCAAGAAUUCUGUAUCCCAAGAGCCCAGGAGGGAGAUUCUGGGCUGUACUGGUGCCAAGCAGCCAUUGAGGGGGGUGGAGUCCAGAAAAAGAGUGCCCAGUUCGAGAUCAGGGUACAGGUGCCUGUGUCUCGUCCGUUGAUCACCUUCCAAUCGGGAGCUGCUGGCCUUGCUGAGGGGGACACGGUAGAGCUCCUCUGUGAGGCAGAGAAUGGCUCCUCUCCCAUUCUGUACCUGUUCUACCACAAUGGGGAGAUCAUGGGGAACCACUCAGCCCCACAGGGUGGAGCUGCCUCCAUCCUCUUCCUGGUGAAGUCAGAGCAGGACGCUGGGAACUACUCCUGCGAGGCUGUGAACAAUGUCUCCAGGGAAAUGAGUGAGCUGAGGAAACUGCCUUAA